AUGAAGUUAUUUGUUAUUAUAUCAUUUUUGACAUUGUUGGUAGCAACUUUGGUCGCUGGAUACCAGUGGGACAACCUUAGAGUUGGUGGUGGAGGUUAUGUAACUGGAAUUGCAAUUCACCCUACUACUCAGGAUAGAAUGUACGUUAGGACUGAUGUGGGAGGUGCCUACAGAUGGGACUCGGUGGCAUCCAAGUGGAUCCAGUUGCUUGACUGGGUCGGACCAUCCCAAGCCAACUUAAUCGGUGUCGAUGGAAUGGCACUGGACAAGAACUACCCCGACAGACUCUACUUGGCACUCGGCAAGAAUCUCGGUGAUGGUGGACUAUACCGCUCGGAGGACAAGGGUGAAACCUGGACUCGUCUGCUCACCGCUCAGUUUAAUGGAAAUGGCCGUGACCAGAGAUGGGGUGGUGAGCCAAUUGCCGUCGACCCAUUGGACAGCAACAUUAUCUACUGUGGCACCCGUGUCCAGGGUCUGUACCGCUCAGUCGACAAUGGUGCUACUUGGACCAACUUGGCAAGUGUCCCUGUCGGACACACUGGCACCGACCCAACUGGCAUCAGAAUCGUGGAGUUUGAUCCAAGCACCGUAGUCUCUGGCCACUCUGGCAAGAUCUAUGUUGGAAUCGCUGGAACUGGAAUCUACCGCAGCACUGAUGGAGGUGCUACCUUUAGCGCGUUGUCAGGUGCUCCAACAUCCCCACGCAGAAUGCAAGUUGUGAAUGGCAUCCUCUUUGUCACUCACUCCACGGGUGUGUCAAAAUGGAAUGGAUCCGCAUGGACCAAUAUCACUCCAUCAGCCAGUGCUGGCAAGGACUUCUGUGGUCUCGCUGUAGAAGCUGCCAACCCACUCAAGCUCUUGGUGUCUGAGAGAUACAGCUCAUUCAACAACGUAAUGUACCGCUCGGUUGACGGAGGUUCGACAUGGACCAAGAUUGGUGCCACAGGUGCCGUUGUUAGCAACAAGUUCCGUGAGGCACAGUGGUGGCCCACCAACUGGUGGGAGGCAGCCACAGCCGACCUUGUCUUGAACCCAUUCGCACCAGGCCAAUUCCUCUACACUGAUUGGUUCGGCGUCUGGAAGACCAACACUAUCUGGGGCAGCACUAUGAACUUCACCACUCAGGUUCGCGGUAUUGAAGAGACGGUCGUACUCACCUUGACUGCACCACCAUCAGGAGCCCUCCUCUUCUCGGGCAUGGCUGAUGUUGGAGGCUUCCGCCACCAGAGUCUCACUGACUGGCCCGUCUACAAGAACCCCAAGGCCGAGACCUUCAGCAUUGACUUUGUCGAGACUUCGCCUGCCUUUGUAGCAGCACUUGAUGCCACCGAUUGGGAUGGUACCAACUCCCGUCUGAUCACCUCAACUGACAGUGGUUCUACCUGGACUGCCGCCGCACUUCCCUCUGGUACCACACUCGGUCGUCUUGCCUACUCUGCCACCAACAACAACCGUAUCGUCUAUGUUGCUGGAGGUGGUAGUGUCUACUACUCGUCUAACCGUGGUGUAUCCUGGACUCAGGCUACCGGAGCCCCAUCUGGAGCUGUUGGCCUCACCGACAUUUGGAACAGGGACAACGCUCUUGCCUCAGACCGUGUUGACGGUGCCAAGUUCUACCUGUUCUCCCAAGGUAUCAUCUAUGCAAGCACUGACUCUGGAGCCACAUGGGCAGCCAAGACCACCACCGCCAUCCCCAAGAAGGCUGGAUACCUCAACGUGGUCACUGUCCCAGGCAAGGCCAAUGAACUCUGGGUCGGACUCGAUGGCAACGGGCUCUACCGCUCGACCAACGGAGGAGUAUCCUUCACCAAGAUCUCCUUCUUCCAGACCUGCUCGGGUAUCAACUUUGGAAAGGCUGAUCCAGCCAAUCCAACAGUCCCCGCCACCUUUGCCUACGGCAAGGUCGGAGGUGUCUAUGGCAUGUACCGUUCAAGCGACUCUGGAGCCACCUGGACCCAGAUCAACGAUGCCACUCACCAGUUCCCAUGUGGCGUCAAGUCCCUGUCGGGAGACAGGAACACCUUUGGCCGCGUCUACGUUGCCACUGGCGGAUGUGGUGUGCUCUAUGGCCAACCAUAA